CGCGGUCUCGGCCACACCUACUAGGGCGGCCUCGCCUCAGGGCCCGCCCACUUCCGGCCUCGCGAGGGCCGCAAUCACUGCUCCGCAGUUCCCGCCUGCAUUCCUCGCGCCGUCUUCCUGGAGUCCCAGCUCUCCUUCAGCCCGCCCCAACGCUGACGCUCAGUCCUCAGGCGUCGAGGGCAGCUCCUGUGAGGGGCUCGCUUGGCGCACGCAAAACGCUCAGCGCGCACCACAGGGCGUCCGCCCCAACCCCGCCCCCGGAGGCCUCCAGCUCGGCCCCGCCCCUGUCCCUUCCCCGUCGCGGAGGCAGCCUAGCCUCGCGCCCCGCCCGUUGCUGCAGCCCUCCGGCCUUCCCGCCGCCGUCGCCGGGACCAGCCGCUCGGGGCCGGGCUGAUACAGCCGCUUCACCGUGCCCCUGCCCGCGACCAUGGCCUCCUCCGAGGUGGCGCGGCACCUGCUCUUUCAGUCUCACAUGGCAACGAAAACAACUUGUAUGUCUUCACAAGGAUCAGAUGAUGAACAGAUAAAAAGAGAAAACAUUCGUUCGUUGACUAUGUCUGGCCAUGUUGGUUUUGAGAGUUUGCCUGAUCAGCUGGUGAACAGAUCCAUUCAGCAAGGUUUCUGCUUUAAUAUUCUCUGUGUGGGGGAAACUGGAAUUGGAAAAUCAACACUGAUUGACACAUUGUUUAAUACUAAUUUUGAAGACUAUGAAUCCUCACAUUUUUGCCCAAAUGUUAAACUUAAAGCUCAGACAUAUGAACUCCAGGAAAGUAAUGUUCAAUUGAAAUUGACCAUUGUGAAUACAGUGGGAUUUGGUGACCAAAUAAAUAAAGAAGAGAGCUACCAACCAAUAGUUGACUACAUAGAUGCUCAGUUUGAGGCCUAUCUCCAAGAAGAACUGAAGAUUAAGCGUUCUCUCUUUACCUACCAUGAUUCUCGCAUCCAUGUGUGUCUCUACUUCAUUUCACCGACAGGCCACUCUCUGAAGACACUUGAUCUCUUAACCAUGAAGAACCUUGACAGCAAGGUAAACAUUAUACCAGUGAUUGCCAAAGCAGAUACGGUUUCUAAAACUGAAUUACAGAAGUUUAAGAUCAAGCUCAUGAGUGAAUUGGUCAGCAAUGGCGUCCAGAUAUACCAGUUCCCAACGGAUGAUGACACUAUUGCUAAGGUCAACGCUGCAAUGAAUGGACAGUUGCCGUUUGCUGUUGUGGGAAGUAUGGAUGAGGUAAAAGUCGGAAACAAGAUGGUCAAAGCUCGCCAGUACCCUUGGGGUGUUGUACAAGUGGAAAAUGAAAACCACUGUGACUUUGUAAAGCUGCGGGAAAUGCUCAUUUGUACAAAUAUGGAGGACCUGCGAGAGCAGACCCAUACCAGGCACUAUGAGCUUUACAGGCGCUGCAAACUGGAGGAAAUGGGCUUUACAGAUGUGGGCCCAGAAAACAAGCCAGUCAGUCUUCAAGAGACCUAUGAAGCCAAAAGACAUGAGUUCCAUGGUGAACGUCAGAGGAAGGAAGAAGAAAUGAAACAGAUGUUUGUGCAGCGAGUAAAGGAGAAAGAAGCCAUAUUGAAAGAAGCUGAGAGAGAGCUACAGGCCAAAUUUGAGCACCUUAAGAGACUUCACCAAGAAGAGAGAAUGAAGCUUGAAGAAAAGAGAAGACUUUUGGAAGAAGAAAUAAUUGCUUUCUCUAAAAAGAAAGCUACCUCCGAGAUAUUUCACAGCCAGUCCUUUCUGGCAACAGGCAGCAACCUGAGGAAGGACAAGGACCGUAAGAAGGAACCAGGCUGUCGAUUCGAACUCCUGUGCAUUGAUGUCAGAGCUUGUGAAACCAAUGGUGGACGUAAAGACGCAGAGAAAGGUAGAGAGGGCCACAGUGCAAGGGGGCAGCCAUGAGUAGCAUGUGGAUGAUAAUCGCAAGGCGUGUAGGUUUGGGCUCCAAUUUUUUGUAAAACAGAAGUUCCAGAGCACAGAAGGUCAUCAUCACAAGCAAACUUUAUUAAAAAAAAACUAGAAGUGUGCUUUGAUUUUGCUGUUGUUUUAUCACUUCUAUAUUUGGUGAACAACCACAGUUACUGAUAUUUAUGGAAAAGUACUUUCAAGUACAAGGUCAAUACAUAAGCCAGAGUGAAUGAUACUACAAGUUGAGCAUCUCUAAUUCAAAAAUCUGAAAUCCAGAAGCUUCAAAAUCUGAAUCUUUUUGAGCACUGACUUGACCCCAAAAGUGGAAAAUUCCCCACCCGACACCUUUGCUUUCUGAUGGUUCAGUUUAAACAGAUUUUGUUUCUUGCACAAAAUUAUUAAAAAUGUUGUAUAAAUUACUUUCAGGCUAUAUGUAUAAGGUGGAUGUGAAACAUGAAUUAUGUAAUUAGAGUCGGGUCCCAUUGUGUAUACGCAGAUAUUCCAAACCUGAAAUCCAAAACACUUCUGGUCCCUAGCAUUUUGGAUAAGGGAUACUCAGCUUGUACCUAUAUAUUCAUAUAUAUUCACUGUUGUUAGAAAUGUUUAAGUUGCUGUUCUGUGAUGAAUCUAAAUCUUUUCUCUUGCUACCAAGCUAUUGUCACUGCAGUGCAUUAUACCAAAGAGCGAAGUGUGAGUGCCACUGAAAAUACAGAACCCAUUAAUAUCGUGGCUAUCUGAUUACAUUUAUAUUCCAAGAUGAACCUUUUUUAUAUAUGCUAAAAAUUUUGGGGAAUAUGUUUUGGGAUGUAUUAUGGAGCUAAAACUCUAACCUCUUAAUAGUUUUAUAGAACUUAAAAAUUUUUUAUACAGUUACCCAAUUGGUGAUAUGAUCUUAAGCUUUUGUGUCAGAUUAUUUAAUAUGAUGACUUCAUGCUUUAUUAUGCCUUAUUAUGGCUGACGUAUUACUGUGGUGAAACAAAAUAUCUUUAAAAGUUAAAACAUCCAGAUAUAUAAGCUAUUUUUUCCUAAGGAUAAAGUACCUUUGAGCAUGAGUGUAUCACAGCUUUCAUUAGGAAAACUUUUCAUUACAUACUUGUUUAAACUCUGUCUUCCAGGGUAAAAAUAAUAAGGUUGAAUCAUUUUAUUAAAAAUACUUUUUAAGAAAAUAACUAUGAACAUCUGAAUAUUAAAGAUAUAAAAAUGCACAUAAUUCAUAUUUCAGGUGGUAUUUACAUUCAGUGCCUUACUGGUAUUCUCAGAACAUUUUAAUGAUUUCUAACAUUUCUUAACAGUCAUAGAUAUAUACAUUUUCAUUUUUUGUACUUGAAUAUUCUAAAUAAAACUGACAUUUACUCUUGACAAAUAAAACAUUUACUAAAAUGUG